AAGUGGUGUCGCUCUCAUGUGUCCAGUCGCGUUUUAGUGAGUGAAAAACUGCGUGCCGUCGUGUGUUUAAGUGUUACUUCAGUGCAAUCGACCAUUCUUUUUCUGUUCUUUACGAUUUUUGUGAAAUUCAAUGAAGUGUCACAAUCCCAGUGUCUAGUUUAUACAGUGUUAGCACGAAAAGAUUCGUUUGAUUCUGAUUAUUUUCUCAAUACUCCUCACUUGUUUGCUCUUUGGAUUACUUUUUACAAACUUAUUUCGUCUGAGAAUCUACUUUUAAAAGGUGAAACUUUAUAAAGAUCUGCCACAUCCUCUCCUAGGAUGUCUAUCGAGGUCUCCUUAUAGAAAUUCAUUCUGCGGAUAUGACUCGACGUCUGGAGCAAAUCGGGAGAUCGAUCAUGAGUUAGCGGAGCGUAAUGUACUCGUCGGGAGAUACGAAUGCGUGAAUCAGAAGAUAGUGAGUUAAGCUUCCGAUACUCCGUCAUCCAAUGUCUAAUUUGAAACACGUCGAACGCACAAGAUGAAUGUUAGAGCGUAGAUCUGGAAUCAUUGUGUGAAGCGGUGAGGCCGUAAAGCGUUCGAGGAAAACUAAUGACGAUGAGCUAGCAAAAUGGGAGGAAUAAAGCAGCGCGUGCUGCUCGCCUGGCCAUGGUUCUGGCUUUGGCUCUUCGCAGCCACGGCUGGUUCACCAUCUUCGAGCGAUGGUUUGACCGAAACCACACACCCACCCUCCCCGACUACAACGAUAGCUCAACCUAUAACGACAAUACCGACGACAUCGACGAAUCUGUCUCCCCUGGAGGAUUUCUGCUUCACGGAGGUGCUAUAUAAUGCCUCAAUUCUGGAGAACUCUAUUAGCAAGACCUAUGUAGUACCCGAACAAAAAAUGGGUAUCCAGAUCUAUCCUCUGGAGUCCGUAGGUGAGAUAAAAUUCCGCAUCGUGGGCGGUGAUAAGGAUAAGUUCUUCAAAGCCGAGGAACGCAUCAUUGGUGAUUUUUGCUUCCUCUUGAUUCGGACUCGAACCGGUAAUGUGGAUGUGCUUAACCGCGAACGCAAGGAUCGAUAUAUACUGGAAGUGCGUGCUACGUCUACGAGGCGGGAUAAGAAAAAAAUUACAGUUCUUGAAGCGGAUACGACUGUGGUAGUGACUGUGCUUGAUACGAACGAUCUCAAUCCGCUUUUCUAUCCUACGGAAUAUGAGGCGACGGUUACAGAAGAUACGCCUCUGCAUCGCAGUAUUCUGAAGGUUACAGCCGAGGACGCGGAUCUUGGGAGAAAUGGAGAGAUUUACUAUAGCUUCGCGGAGGAGACGGAUCAGUUCGCUAUUCAUCCCGUCAGUGGUAUCAUUACCCUCACGAGGCCUUUGAGAUAUGUGGAACGUGCAAUGCAUGAGCUUGUGGUACUAGCAAAAGAUCGUGGUGCCAUGUAUAGAAGUACCAGUGCUUCAAGAGCCAGCACUGCCAAAGUGACAAUUAAGGUGCGUCAGGUAAAUCUCCACGCUCCAGAGAUUUACGUCCAUCACCUCCCGGACAUACUUGAGCACUCAAACGCUGAUAUUUACGCCAUAGUGCGCGUGAUUGAUCGAGACAGCGGUUCUCAUGGACAGAUCGGCAGCCUGUCGAUAGUUGGUGGCGACCCCGACGGUCACUUUCGCGUUAGACCCUCUACCACACAAGCCGGAGAAUACAACAUUGAGGUGCUACAUCUGCUGGACCGGGAAUCAGCCCCUAGCGGUUACAAUCUUACCCUACGCGCAGUAGACCGCGGCAUUCCCCAAAGAUUUAGCUAUAAAUCACUUCCUGUUCACCUUGCCGACCUAAAUGACAAUGCCCCUGUUUUCAGUUGGGAAAUCUAUGAGGUCAAAGUCCCGGAAACUGCACCCAUCAACACCCCAGUUAUAAGACUCAAGGUAACAGACGCUGACGAAGGCAAAAACGCUUUAGUCUUCUUGGAGAUUGUUGGUGGUAAUGAGGGUGGUGAGUUUUAUGUUAAUGCAGACACGGGAAUGUUGUAUACUGCUGUAAACUUAGACGCCGAGAAGAAAGCAUUUUACACUCUUACUGUCUCUGCCGUGGAUCAAGGCAAUGCCGGAACAAGGAAGCAAUCAUCUGCCAAGGUGAAGAUUUAUAUAGUAGAUACAAAUGAUAAUGACCCCACCUUUGAACAGCAGGACAUGCUUGUAUGGAUCGAUGAGAACGAGCCAGCCGGAACAACCGUGUUGAAGGUCACAGCCAAAGAUCGUGAUUCUGGUGAAAACGCAUAUAUUUCUUACAGUAUCGACAACAUCAAGAAAGUACCCUUCGAUAUCGAUCCGUUCACAGGGGUUAUCCGGACCAAGCUAGUUUUAGAUUACGAGACCAUGAAGAGGGAGUAUGUUCUACAUGUUCGGGCUGGCGAUUGGGGUUUGCCCUAUCAGCGAAGAACGGAGAUGAGACUCAGGAUAAAGCUCCGCGAUGUGAAUGACAACCGACCGCAGUUCGAAAGGGUUGAUUGCAGUGGUCACGUGCCUCGGUACGUGCCUAUCGGAUCAGAGAUUAUCACGGUUUCGGCGAUUGAUUUUGAUGCGGGAAACAUUAUCAGCUAUCGAGUUGUUUCCGGAAAUGGGGACGGCUGCUUUGCGCUCGACUCUGCGAGCGGCGUUUUAUCCGUGGCCUGUGAUCUUAGUGACAUUAAAGUAUCCGAUAGGAUAAUCAACGUAACAGCAACUGAUGGGACACACUUUGCAGAUGUAAAUAGUGUUCAUAUUCAUUUAGUAACCGCAAAAAGGAAUCUCGGAUCUCAGGCUAAGAUCUUAACUGACGAAACUGGAUCCUUUCAGUGCAAGGAUACAGGUGUUGCUAGGCGACUUACAGACGCGAUAGCAUCAGCAGAAAAAAACAACAUGCCCUCUCCAGAGGACGAGCGAAUAAUGAUGCCUAGUCGUUACGGUGAGAAUGUACAUGCCCCGGAGUUUAUCGACUUUCCCAAUGAGAUCAAGGUUAAUGAAUCAGUGGAGAUUGAUACGACUAUCCUCAAACUUCGGGCAAGGGACAGGGACCUAGGGUACAAUGGAAAGCUUCUUAUGGGAAUCUCGAGUGGAGACAGAGACUCGGUUUUUGGGAUUAACUCUGACACAGGAGAUCUCAACAUUAUAGGACAUUUGGAUCGUGAGAGGGAGAGUGAAUAUUUCCUUAAUAUUAGUGUCUACGAUCUUGGAAAGCCUCAGAAAUCAUCUUCUCGAAUGCUUCCCAUAACUGUUUUAGAUGUUAACGAUAAUGCGCCGAAGUUUGAAAAGUCUCUCGCCAAGUUUAGGGUUUCAGAAAGUGCUUUAAAUGGUACGAGUAUCUUCCGAGCGAACGCCACAGACGCAGACCUUGGGGAGAAUGCGAGGAUUACUUUUUCCUUAGUGACUGAUACAAAUGAUUUUCAAGUAGAUCCAAUUACGGGGGUGCUAAGUGUGUUUGGGAAACUAGAUAGGGAAAGGCAAGAAUUUUACGAAUUGAGGAUUCGAGCUAAGGAUAGUGGAGGUCACGGCGCUGAUACGCCACCAUUGUUUUCCGAUGCUAUUGUCAGCGUGACGGUCGAUGAUGUAAAUGACAAUCCUCCCACAUUCGCCCUAUCAAGUUACACGGUGAAGAUCAGGGAGGAUGUUCCUGUUUGGAGUGUUGUUGCUGUCGUAGAAGCGACUGACCCUGAUGAGGGGCCAGGAGGCAAUGUUGAGUACUUCCUCUCUGAUGCUAUGGAGAGCGAUGGGUACUUCAAAGUAGACAAGGUCUCUGGUACUGUGAGAACUAUUCAGAACUUAGAUUUUGAAGAAAGGCAGGUGCAUACUUUAACAAUUGUUGGAGUUGAUCGUGGGAACCCGGCUUUGUCUUCCGAAACAAUGUUAAUAGUGGAAAUCGUGGAUGUUAACGAAAAUCUCCAUGCCCCUGCUUUUGACGAUUUUGUGGUGUCUUCUAAUAUUUUUGAGAAUCAACCGGUCGGCAGUUUAGUGACUACUGUUCGAGCUAAAGAUGCUGAUCCUCCAGGUGGCGAUUCCAGAAUUGGAUAUAGCAUCCGGGGUGGAGAUGGCAUCGGUAUCUUCACCAUUGAUAAUGAAGGAAACAUAAGAACUAAAGUAGUCCUCGACGUUGAGACGAAGAAAGGUUACUGGCUGACAGUCUACGCACAAGAUCACGGAGUGGUUCCUCUCAGUUCCAAGCAAGAAGUUUACAUUGAAGUACUGGACGAAAAUGACAAUAUUCCUCUUACCGAGCUUCCUGUAUAUUAUCCCUCAGUACCUGAAAACUCACCAGCUGGUGUGAAUGUGGUUCAAAUACGAGCGUUCGAUCGUGAUGUCUCGUCUCAAGAAUUCACUUUUUCUAUCACGAGUGGCAAUCCAGAAGGCUAUUUCCUUAUCAACUCUACUACCGGACUUAUUACUACCACUGGAAGGAAGUUGGAUCGCGAAAAUCAAGCCGAGCAUAUACUUGAGGUUUCCGUAAAAGAUGAUGGUCGACCAUCGCUUUCAUCAACGACUAGGGUAGUCGUAAAAGUUGACGAUGUGAACGAUCAUGGUCCUGAGUUCGAGCAGAAAUUUUAUAUUGUCCAAAUUCCAGCCUCAUCAGAUAUUGACAAGCCAUUAUUUCAGAAAUCGAAGCACCUUUCACGGGAGUACGACCUCUCGAUUGAUACGUUACUCGAAAAUGGGACUUGGGAGAUAUUUAGUCCUGACAGCCUGUCAGGCGACCGUUUCUUCAGGGUACUUGCAUACGACAGAGAUGUCGGUGAAAAUGGAAGGAUUCAAUACAGCAUUAAAAGUGGAAGGGGCAAGGGGAAAUUCAAAAUUGACCCAUCCACGGGGAUGGUUUACUCUCAACGCGGAUUUGAAGCUGGUCAAGAAUACGAAAUGCUCAUACGAGCGGCAGAUUUCGGGGAACCUCAGAGAAGUCACCAAACUCGAGUUUCGGUUCAAGUUGUCGAAUCACCGGCGGAAUCAGAAAAUCCACCAGUAUUCAAAACGAACAAUCAAAGCGUUAAAAUUACUGAAAGCGAUAAAGUGGGAUUUCUGGUCGCCCUAGUUCAAGCGACAGAUAAAGACGGAGACACUCUGUGGUAUGACAUUAUCGAUGGAGAUAGGCGAGACGAGUUUUUUAUCGGGAGAGACAACGGAAAUGUUCUUCUGGCAAAACAGCUUGACUGGGAGGCGCAAAACUUCUACAAUUUGACAAUUAGUGUGACUGAUGGAGUUCACCAGGCUUUUACACAACUCUUAGUGACAGUUAUUGAUAUUAAUGAUCACAGGCCCGAGUUUAGUGAGGCAAUCUAUCGCGUGGAGAUGUCCGAGAAUGUUGAAAAGGGGGAGACUGUUUUGCAACUUCAUGCGACAGACAAAGAUGAAGAUAAGAAGGUUUUUUAUAGUUUACAUGCUGCCCAGAAUCAAGCAUCGUUGGAAAUCUUUCAUGUUGACUCAGUUACAGAAACUGUAACUCUGAAUCAAGCCUUGGAUCGUGAAACUAUUGAAGAACACAUAUUGACUGUGAUGGUAAAAGAUCAAGGCACUCCUGCAAAGAGAAAUUACGCAAGAGUCAUCGUCACUGUGCACGAUCAUAAUGAUCAUGCACCGGAAUUCACAAGCGAAAUCAUCCAGGGUAAGAUCUUCGAGACUUCAGCUGUGGGCAGUGCUGUAGUACAGGUAUACGCAAUUGACAAGGAUCGUGGUGAAAAUGCUCGAAUUACCUACUCAAUUACUUCAGGAAAUGUCGGGAAUGUUUUUAGCAUCGACACGGACUUGGGCAUCAUCCGAGUGGCUCGCGAACUGGAUUCAAGUGCUUCCUCGGAAUAUAUUCUUCUUAUAAAAGCGAUGGAUCACGGGACACCUGCCCUCUCGAAUACUGUCCCGGUUCAUGUUAUGGUUACUAUGGCCGACAAUGCUCCGCCGAGGUUCCUCCAAAAGGAACUCGCGGCUGAGAUCUACGAAAACCAGCAGAUCGGCACUUACGUGAAACACGUUGAAGCAAGAAGUACCUCAUCUUUAAUGUUUGAAAUUACACGUGGAAAUCGUGACAACACCUUUUUUGUAAGCCCAAGCAUGGGAGUCAUCACAACUAAGAGCGGGCUUGAUUACGAGAAAACCAAAUUCUAUAACCUGACCCUGAUGGCGACAAACAUGGCUGGGGCGACAGCUUCCUGUAAUGUCAUCGUCCACGUCCUCGAUAAAAACGACAACCCGCCUCACUUCCUUCAAGCGGUUUACAACGGGGAAAUCAGCGAGGGCGCCACUAUUGGUUCCCUAGCCUUAACGAACACCAGCUCGCCAUUGGUCAUCAAGGCUGAGGACGCAGACUCGGAACUAAACGCACUUCUAAACUACGACAUUGUCGAGGAUAUGCCAAGGAAAUUCUUCCACAUCGACUCUAGUACUGGAGCGAUCAGAACAGUGAUGGUUUUGGAUCACGAAACGAUUCCGGAAUUCUCGUUUCAUGUCAAGGUCUCAGAUCUGGGAAAACCAAAACUUUCCUCGGAGACGACUGCGAAAGUUGUCAUCACGGUGACGGAUGUCAACGAUUGUCCUCCAAAGUUCCGAAGGAACGAGUACAAUACGACUGUGCUGUUGCCGACUUACCAAAAUGUAGCGGUCAUUGAGGUCAGGGCGGUCGAUCCUGACAGCACGGAAGGAGCACCUCUUAGAUACGACAUUAUCGACGGAAAUCAGGCUCACACUUUCGAGAUUGAUUCUAAAUCAGGAAUAAUAACUGUUCAAGAGCCAGAGCACUUAAAAAAACGUUAUCUCCUGCAUGUUCGAGUAUCCGAUGGAAAAUACUCGAGCGUAGCUCAAGUGAACGUCAAUGUGGAAAAGUCGGAAAAUUCAGGUUUAAUUUUUCAGAAGGAGGUUUAUGAAGGAACCGUAAUGGAAAACUCAACAAAAAUAACAACCGUAGCUGUGGUCAAUGUUCUGGGCAGUGACCUCUAUGAGCACGUGGUUUUUAGUAUUCUCAACCCCACGAACAUGUUUGUAAUCGGACCAACUUCAGGAGCGAUUAGGACAACUGGAAAGAGAUUUGAUAGGGAAGUUUGUGACAAUUAUGAGCUGAUCGUUGAAGCCAAGAGCCAAAUAGAUAAAAAAAAACCGAGAGUAGCGCACGUUAUCGUUAACGUUACGAUCCUGGAUAUCAAUGACAAUUGCCCGAUGUUUGUCAACUUGCCUUACUACGCGGUCGUCUCUGUUGAUGCGCAGAAAGGGGAUGUCAUUACAAAGGUUCAUGCUGUUGACAUGGAUAGUGGUGAAAAUGGGGAAGUUCGCUACGAAUUGAAGAAGGGUCACGGCGAAUUGUUCAAAGUUUGCCGCAAGACUGGGGAAAUUUCAUUGAAACAAAAUUUGGAAGGACACAAUCGGGAGUAUCAGCUCAUGAUUGCUGCUUAUGAUGGUGGUUUAACGCCUUGCUCAAUCGAAAUACCUGUAAACGUUAAAGUUAUCGAUCGCGCGAUGCCAGUCUUCGAUAAACAAUUUUACACCGACAGUGUUCUUGAAAAUAUCGAAUUGCAUUCGCCAUUAGCACUUUCAAUUCAAGCCGAAUCGCCGUUAAAUCGGAAGUUGAUUUAUAGCAUCACAAAAGGCAACGAUUUCGAAGAAUUCGCACUAGAUUUCAACACCGCCCCCGACAGUAACAAUGGCCCUUGUGUAAUCUAUGUGGUGGAUGAGCUGGAUUAUGAGCAGAAAAAACAAUACGAGUUGACCGUACGAGCAACAGACAGCGUUUCUGGCGUCUACGCCGAGGUGCUUGUCAGCAUCCUGGUACUAGAUGUUAAUGACUGCCCUCCAGAAUUUAGUCAGGAUUCCUACAACAUUUCUGUCUCAGAAGCCGCUCCCUUUGGAACAUCAGUUCUAAAAGUCGCUACUCGAGAUAAUGAUACAGGCAUAAAUCAGAAAGUGCGCUAUGCGAUUCAGAACGACACAAGCAACAGCAAAGAGCUCUUCCAUAUCGACCCUGAUGAAGGAGUCAUCUUCCUAAAGCGAUCCCUCGACCAUGAGUCUCACGACUCUCACCACUUUACCGUCAUCGCGAUGGAUCGUGGCGUCCCCAGUCUCUCCAGCACAGCACACGUCUGGGUCUCUGUCAUCGACAUGAAUGACAACCCCCCGAAAUUCGAACAACCUUCCUACUCAUGUGUCCUCUCCGAGCAUGCAGAACGUGGACAAUUUGUAACUGUUGUCAUCGCGAGCGACCCGGACUUUGUCGAUGACAAACUUAUCUACACCAUCGUCGGUGGCAACGAUCAACAGACCUACAAUAUCAACCAAAACACUGGCAUCAUCACCCUCAUCAACAUGCAGAAUUUUGGAGAGCAAAAGUUGACUCUUCUCAACGUUUCCGUCACCGAUGGCGUUUACACCAGCUUUGCCCGGGUGAAAGUUGAAAUUCUUCCGGCCAAUCGACAUAAUCCUAAAUUCUCUAACCCCGUUAUAGAAGUCAUUGUAAUGGAAAAUCAACUUCCGGGAAGACUUGUGACGAACGCUAUAGCCACCGACGAAGAUUUCGGGGACUACGGAGAAAUCACCUACUCCAUCCCCUCGGAACAGUUGCGCGAGAUUUUCGAAAUUAACAAACAAUCAGGGGAAAUCAUCACCAAGAAAAAACUCGAUCGAGAAUACCGAAAGCUUUAUGAAAUCCCCGUGAUGGCGACCGACGGCGGUGGAAAAUCAGGAUUUGUGAUGGUGAGGGUGAAAGUUGGAGACGAAAAUGACAACCCUCCGGUGUUUCUCCUUGGGGAGUACAAAGCCACCAUCCUCGGGAACCUGAGUUUGAAUACUGUCUUCCUGAAUGUGAAAGCAACUGAUGCUGAUGAAGGGGAUGCGGCCAAGAUCGAGUAUUCAAUCUACGAACCCCCCGAUUCGGAAGCCAAAGGGCUUUUUGGCAUCAACCCGGAGUCCGGGACGUUGUUCCUGAUCAAGAAUGCAUCUGCCUGGGAAAACCAGCUCUUCCAGGUCUUUAUUCGAGCAGAGGAUAAGGGUCUCAAGUCUCACCAUGCGGACGUGCCUUUGAAUAUCUAUAUCAUGGGUCCUCAGGAUGUCCCUCCACUGUUUGAAAGGAUGAACGAGAAGUUCUUCUAUUCGGAAGCCUCAGUGGUUGGCACGGUGAUCACGAAGUUAAAGACGGUAACAAAUAGUAGCAGUGUAAAAUAUCGAAUUCUUCCUGGAGCUGAAGAAUCAUCGCUCUUUGCAAUCGAUCAGAAUGGGCAGAUCACUCUUGUGCAAGCUUUGGAUCGAGAGAUAAGGGAUCAUUAUCUGAUUGGAGUUUUGGCGGAGACGGACUCAAGCCCGCCACUAACGGCUCUGGCAGAGAUUUCACUCCAGGUCUUGGAUGAGAAUGAUCAUGCACCGAAAUUCGAGAGCAAUCCCUAUUUUUUGAACCUGGCGGAAAAUAUUGAUGAGGGAAUGGCGAUCUUGAAGGUCGUUGCGCAUGACAAGGAUCUUGGAAGCAAUGGAGAAGUAAGGUAUUCGUUUGGAGCGGAUAUUGGAGAUUUGGCGAAUGUUUUUACGGUGGAUGCCUACACGGGAUGGAUAUCGACUCUGGUGCAGCUAGAUAAGGAGAAGCAGCCAGACUACAAGUUUCAGGUUGUUGCCACCGAUAACGGAACCCCAAAACAUUUUGCUCGAACUUCUAUACACAUCAAAUUAAAAGAUUACAAUGACAAUGCUCCAACUUUCAUUGAUGAUCCUUACCAGGCUUCAGUAAAAGAAGAUUCUCUCCCAGGAACCGUUGUCGUAAAAUUAUUGACAGCAGACAAAGACAUGGAUAUGAACACCACCGUCGAUUUCUACAUCACUGCUGGUGACCCUAGAUCUCAAUUCCAGGUUCGAUCAACUGGUGAAGUAUUCGUUGCGAAAUCUUUGGACCGAGAGACGACUGAUAGGUACGAACUCACAGUUGUAGGAACGGAUGGAAAAUUUGUAUUUGGAACGAAAGUUACGGUGCAAAUUUUGGAUGUGAACGACAAUCCGCCCUAUUGCCUUCGGUACCGAUAUAGGGAGAUUUUGUCUGAAGGUUCGCAUCCUGGGACAUAUGUUCUGACUGUUUUGGCAACGGAUUACGAUGAUGAGGAAAAUGCCAAGUUACGUUUUUAUCUUACGGGAGAAAAUAAUGAUAAAUUUUCUCUGGAUAAGGACACUGGAGUGUUGAAAACAGUUGGACAGUUGGAUCGGGAAACACAGGCGAAAUAUUCUCUCACUUCUCAUGUGCAGGAUCGCGACCAGCCGACUUGGGAAUGCUCCUCGAAACUAGAAAUCCUCGUUUCCGAUCUCAACGACAACGCUCCGAAAUUCACAAUGCAAUCCUACAGCACAACUUUACCCGAAGAUGUGGAAGUCGGCACCUUGGUUACGAAAGUUCACGCAACUGAUGACGAUAUCGGCAUCAACAGGAAGAUCCGGUACGAAUUCAUAGAUUCUGCAAAUGAUCAUUUCCGUAUUGCAGCCGACAGUGGAAUUAUAACUCUUGCAAAACCUCUCGACCGGGAGACAAAAGCAAUGUACAAUGUGACGAUCCAGGCGAUGGACCAGGGUACACCGAAACUUUUCAGUGUCGCCUCACUUGUCGUCAAUGUCCAGGACAUUAACGACAACCCGCCAGAGUUUACUUCAAAAUUCUACUUCGCACGAGUUCCUGAGAUCGAUGCUAUUGGUACCGAAGUGGCCAGGGUCUUGGCUACUUCAAAAGACACGGGAGUCAACGCUGAUGUUUAUUAUUCCAUUAUCGGAGGAAACGAGCACAAAAAAUUCCAGAUUAACGCACAAACGGGCGUUAUCAUGAUUGCUGAACAGCUGGAUUACGAGAGAGCGAGAGAUUAUUUCCUUACGAUCCAGGCAGUUGAUGGAGGAAUUCCACCCUUGAGCAAUCAUGCGACUGUUAAUAUCACGGUUUUGGACAGCAACGACAAUCCACCCAUCUUCAGCGAAGUUUCGUAUAGGGCGGCUGUUCGCGAAGACGCAAAAAUUGGAGACAGAGUCACUCAGGUAUACGCAAACGAUUUGGACAGCCAAGAAAAUGGCGUAGUAUUCUAUUUCAUAGAAAGGGGAGAUAUAUUAAAACAAUUCGCCAUUGAUGAAAAAACUGGAAUAAUAACAGUCACGGCACCUCUUGAUCGGGAAUCUAUGCCAAACUUCAUCCUGGAAAUCCACGCCCGAGAUUCCGGAUUGCCAGUCCUCACCAGUUUCGUGAUGGUGAACAUCGAAAUCCUCGACGCGAACGACAACCCACCACUUUUCUCUCAACCCAACUACACAACCGUAGUCCAAGAAAAUAAGCCAAUCGGCCACGUCGUUCUCCAAUUUAUGGUAACCGACUUGGACAUCUCCCCCAACGCCGAUCCCUACACUUUCGACUUCCGUUCCGGAAAUGAAGGCGAUGCCUUUCGCCUGGAACAAGACGGUUCGCUUCGCACGGCGACAAAAUUUAACAACCGCGUCAAGGACAAGUACAUACUCCACAUUCGUGUCUUUGACAACGGUAGUCCUCCACUUUAUUCCGAUGCCUUUGUUGUCGUCAAAAUCAUCGAAGAGUCUCAAUAUCCGCCAAUCGUCACACCACUCGAAAUUCUCGUCAACUCCUAUCUUGACGAAUAUCCUGGUGGAGUAAUCGGUCGAGUCCACGCUUCCGACAAAGACCAAUACGAUACUCUGCUAUAUACUUUAGCACCCUCCACCCCGAAUCCUAACACUGAUCUUUUUCAAAUCGACCAACUUGACGGCACCCUUGUUGCUCUUCCACGUCUCGAUGUUGGUGAAUAUCGCCUCAACGUCACCGUCACUGACAGCAAGUUCACCUCUUAUACAAUCGUAAAAGUCAACGUCGACCUCGUCAAUGAAAAAAUGCUCGAAAACUCCGUCAUCAUCAGAUUCAGAGAAGUCAGUCCUGAGGAUUUCAUUCUUUCCCACCGGAAAGGUUUCCUCAGAACGGUUCGUAAUGCACUAAAUUGCAGAUUGAAAGAUGUCGUCAUUAUCAGUGUCCAAUCCUCAACGGACGACGCAAACAUUAUAAAAUCACGAGCACUUCGCCAAGAUCUAAUUUCAUACUUGCAAGAUCUAAAGAUCCAAGAAAUCAACAAAAAUAACACAAGGUUCAACCAGGAAAUCCUCAUAAAGUCACGGCGCAUCCGUCAGGCGAUUCACAACGAUCUCGACCUUCUCUUCGCCGUACGCAAACCCACCGGAUUUCACACCUCGGAAUCAAUCCGUGAAGCUCUUAACCAACAUGUUGAAGAGCUCGAAGAAUCCACGAAACUCGUCGUCGAAGAAAUUGUCAGGUUCAAAUGCACGAAAGGUUACUGUCUGUAUGGCGACUGCCAUGAUCGCAUAAUCCUUGAUCCUCUGCAAAUAUCUCCAGUAUCAACCGACGUUAUGAGUUUUGUUUCGCCGAAGCACAAACACAAAAUGGACUGCAGCUGUAAGGAAGGAUACGCCGGAAACCACUGCGAAGUUGUCGUCAACGAGUGUGCCCGAGAUCCUUGCCCUAUGUUUAAAAUCUGCGUCCCCGAUUCUUCCAUCCAGGGAUAUUCUUGCCAGUGUCCAGAAGGCUUUGCGGGUCAAACCUGCGAGAUCGACAUCUCCAAAUGUCACGACGAGUCCUGCUACAUUCCUAGAAAUCCAAUCUCCUUCAGCGGAAAGAGCUACGCUCGAUACAAGAUUGACAAGUCAAUAGUUCGAGAAACUAUCGAAGAUCGAUUGAGUCUUUCCCUGAGAAUUCGAACUGUUCAGCCCACUGGAAGUUUGAUGUAUGCAUCAGGAAAAGUAGACUAUAACAUCCUCGAAGUCGCCAACGGGGUUGUACAGUACAGAUUCGACCUUGGAAGUGGAGAAGGACUCGUAAGAGUCAGUAGCGUCUAUGUGAGCGAUGGUCAGUGGCACGAAGUUCUUCUGGAACGAGAAAAGAACUCUGCGAAAGUGGUCGUCGACGGAAAACAUCUUGCACAUGGAUCCGCUCCUGGAGGAAAUGACAUCCUAAACCUCCAGUCGGACGAUUUGUACCUCGGGGCUGAGGUUCGACAACACCCAUCGAUUUUAGGAUUCGAGGAUGUUCAAAGAGGAUUUGUGGGGUGCAUGGACGACAUGAGGAUUGCCAAAAUAAGCGUCCCUCUGCAUAUGAGCGGAGCGAGUAGUGUUGCAGUUUUGAAAAGAUUUGCAAAUGUAGAAUUCAGCUGUGAUCCAGGCAUAAUUCUUGCACCUCCUGGUAUUUGUGGAUCGCAGCCUUGCCAAAAUGGAGGCACUUGUAAGGAAUCCGGAGGGGAUAAUUACGAGUGCGAGUGCCAUGGAAGAUUCACAGGUGUCGCUUGCGAAAUAGAUACCGAUCCGUGUGCAUCCUCCCCGUGUUUAUACGGAGGAAGGUGUCGGGUUGUUCCUGAAGGAGGUGAUUUUGCUUGUGAAUGUGUGGGUCCAAGUUUGAGUGGAAAGAGAUGCGAAUUUGGAAGAUAUUGUAGUCCUAAUCCAUGUAUUCACGGAGGGAUUUGUGAAGAAGGAAACACUGGACCGAUUUGUAAAUGCGAAGGAUUUAUGGGAGAGAGGUGCGAGACUGAUAUUAAUGAGUGUGAAAAUAAUCUCUGUUCAAAUGGAGGGACUUGUGUCAAUGAGAUGGGAACUUAUCGAUGCGUUUGUCCUCCAAAUAUGACUGGAGUGAAUUGUGGAAGUCCAGCUUUUACGUCAAUGAUCUCGAGGCAUUUUAAUAUUACGUGGGAGCAACUGAUGUGGAUAGGAGUGGCGUUGGCGGCUAAUGUCGUGCUAAUUGUGAUAUUUGUGACCUGUCGAAAAAUCAGGGGGAAGCGAACGAGAGCAAGGGCUCAUCAUAUUAAUAAUGAAACGAGGAAGCAGAUUGUGCUCAACUCGGCAAGGACGAACGAUCAUGAAUUCAAGAGGAGUUCCAAGCUGAGUAAUUUGGAAGUUAUACAGAGAGAACCUCCCCAAUGUCCUCCCAGACCCGCAUCCUAUACUCCUAGCUCAAAUAACGAGCCGGCCGCGUACAGUAAUACCGCAGCAGUGGCUUUGAAUAACUUGGACACACUGCGAAGCUACGGAAGCGCCGGUGAUGAACUAGAGAACUUUCCUCCUGAUUAUCUGCGAAAUUUGAACCGCAGUACUCCUGUACCUGCUCCAUCAUUAGGUCACUCGAAUCCUGUCGGAAGUAACGCUGGAGGCAGCGACACCGAUAGUCUCCACAAACCUACUUGGCAGGAACAGAUGCAGCUCGCUUCCUUCAUCCAAGAUGCCGCGAAAAUCAAGAACGACCUGAAACGAGCGAGCCCAGUGGUAUCAGAGCUGACCACUGGAGGACUUCUACUAAACUCUACUCGCCGGAUGCCUCACGGAGGAGGUGCCCCCGUUACAUCUCUUUCAGCUCACGAGGAUGAUCCUCGCAUUGUCGGUGGGUAUCAUUGGGACUGUUCAGACUGGGUCAGGCCAAAUCAGAACCCCUUGCCCAAUAUCACGGAAGUUCCUGGAAGUGAGGUUCCAGACUCAUCCAGCUUCCACAGUAACGAAAGUAACGAGUCGAACACACAUCAGUUACCGUCAAUGCACGGUCCUGUAGACCCAACACGAGAUAUCGAGACCUUGAACGAAGACCAGGAGUCCGAGUACGUGGGGGACUCGGAGUGCGGAACGGACUUCUCCGAACACUAUUGUCCGGAAACGCAACGGCUGAAUCCCUUGGAUAGUGGCGGCGAGGGUGAGUACAAGUACAAGGAUUCCGAAAGUUACUUGAGGCAUCCAAACUCGUACUUGCCGCACUACAAUAUUAACACGGACACGGAGAAUGAGACGCAUCCUCUAAACGGUCGCCUCGGCGGCCUCGAUUCCGAGGAGGAGGAAGACGACGUAGUGCCUUACGGUUUCCCCAGCACACGACGCAACCGAUGCCAUAAGGGUGACGACGCUGACGAGAUCGGCUCUGUCAUCACCACCCUCGAGGAGAGGAACUCGCUCCUAGGUGGCGCCACCAGCAACAGCGAUCUCUCCAUGAAUCUUUGUGAAAUUGACGAUUCUGAAUAUGAGAUUACCGAGGAAAAGAACCAUAGCAGAGCCUGGAUCACCGACAGCAUCACGCAAACCUCAGUGUGACGAAUCAUCGCCCUUCGUUGUGCUCUCGAGCAAAGACUGUUCUAAUAUAUGUAAUUUUGUACAUAAUUACUAUUAUUCCAAUAAGGCAACGUGUACAUGCAGCGAUUUAGAGUUACGAUGCGAUUUUCGCCGUUUUUGUCCAGAAUUGAUUAGUUUUUAAGAUUAGAUUUCAUUCGUGUCAUCGAGAGAACCGAUUAUGGCAAAAAUGAGUAAUUUCGGUGAAUGUUCUGAGAUAUUAUGCAUUAUAGAAAUUCUGAGGUGGAACGAAAUGGCAGCUACUUUUUGUAAAUUGCUCAUUUUUGGAAGUUAGGUUCUACCUCGUGGUGAAAACAGUUUCACGUCGUUGGACAAGAUAUGGCUCUGAGAUUUAGGUACAGUACUUAAUCGUUUUGAGAAAAAGAAUACGAAGAUUUCUAUGUUUUUUUUAUUUAUGCCAUUAGGAGGAAAACGCUAAAAAUCAAUCAAGACUGUUGCUUUAAAACGGUUUAUGGCCAAUUCUUCCUAUUCUUGAAGGAACGAAGCGAUAAGUAAUUUAUAGACACUGCACGUGGACCAUCUUUUUUCGUCCAACUUUUGUGAAUAAUUUUCUUCCUGAAUUAGUCUCCAUAAUUCCAAUCUGAGAAUUCACGAAUCGCAUCGAUAGACCAAUGACUAUUGUUUAGUGGUGUGUAUAAUUUAACUUUAAUCAAUUUGAGUUGCGAGUAACGGGUGCGUUACUAUUCGCGUGGACUAUUCAAAGUUCUCCACGUAUGCAAGGAGGGUGCAAAGCACAAGCAAGUUCAAUAGAUAAAAAAAGAGGAAUAUUUUUACUGUGGUGAUAAUAAUGUUUAUAUGACGAGUAACUACGAUUUAUAUUAUAUUAAUAGCAAUAUUACUGAAAAUCCAUGUUUUAUAAGAAAAUUGCGGAGAAGAGUGAGAAUUGUUUAAAAAAAAUUUUUUUAACAUUUUCUCAGAAAGUCCGAAUGUGUUAAGUAAUUUUGUGUCAUUGAGGAGAUUCCGAAUCUCGAGCUUCUUUCUUUAUUGAAGUUUGGAAGUGGAACGUAACAAUAUGGCAGCUGUCUUCCAUCUCGCGAGAUCUUUUGAGAAUAAAAUUUUGAAAACACGACGAAAAGUGGUGAUGUUUGAGAUAGGAAAUCUCUUCAAUGGCAUGGUUUGAUAUUUCUAAUUGCAAACAAAAUUAAAGCUAGUAAACAUAUUAUUUUUCUCCGCUCUUUCCGUAAGUCAUCAACUUAAAGUUAUCGUUUCACAAAAUUAACUAAUCCUCUUCUACUUCCGUUAUUUAUUAUUCACCGGUGCUGUAAUUUUCUCUGUAGAAAAAAAACUUUAAAUUUCUUAUCAAAUUUCCUUGGAAGAGAGAAUUUUCUCUCAGAUUUCUAGUUCCGAAAAAUUCUCAAUUUUUCCGAAGGGGUCGAGAAGACUGAGAAUUGCGAGAGAGAUACUCGAAACAGCCAAAUUUUUUAUAUAUUAUACUUACUGCCAUAAGGGAACAAUGCAUUUUCUCCUGCUGACUAACCGUAUCCUUAAGACUUGUGUUGCAGAAAAAAGAGGAGUUUUUAUCAUAUUAGGUACGUGUAACAUAUCCUGUUCGACAAUUUACAUUUACCUAAUGUUAAUUGUAUUUGCUUUACUUCCGCCUUAGAAUUUUGACCUCCGUUAAGCAAUCGCAAGUAGCGGCUUAAUAAGUUGGUGAAAUAUACGCGCUUAAUUUUUCUGCCUAAACGUGUACUUUUUUAUAUUUUCCUUUUUUUAGUCGUCAGAUUAGUUUUUGUGAAUAUUUAUACUCGGCCGGGCGAGUUUUUAGAAGUACGUGUACGAAUUUCACGAAACAGGGUGAAUCAUGUUUAUGUUUUAUAGAAAACAAAUAAAAUGCGAAGUUUGUCCUGCGAGGUAUCAAAAAUUAUAUUUUGAAUCUGCAGUUGCCCUGGAAUCUGUACAAACAUCGAAAAUUAAAGCGACCAGUUUAAAAUAUCCUGCAGUGUCCAUUGAUAAAUUCCGAUAAUUGCAACUGCAAUUCCCUGAGAAUCUUCUUCAAAUUUCAGUUACGCGUAGAAUAUUCCUACAGCUGCAAUCGUUUGUAAAUUCUUUUUACAUUUAUUCUUCUUGGAAGAAGAUUCCCUUAGCAGCUGCAACUUCUGCAUAUUCUUCUCACAAUUGUAAUUGUUGGAAAAGUUUACAAUAAUUAUGUAUAUAUAGUUGCUGAAAAAUUCAUUUGCAGUUCUGUUACGAGUUUGAAAUCUUUAAAAUAGGUAUCUUAAAAUUCGGACAAUCGAGUGAAGUUUGCAGUUGACAAAAAAUAUUCUGAUAUCUGAUCAGUUAACAUUAGCAAUAUAAAAUCUUUUUUUGUUUGUUCUUGCACCUUCAGCUUCUGCAGUUAAUUAAAGUUUCUCUAAUUAUAUAAAUAUUUACGAUUCCAUACUAUUCAAACUGUAGUUAACUCUGCACUUUUGUGCAUUUAUAAACAUAUUUUUCUGUAGCUCUAACGGCUUUAAUAACUUAAAUUAAAGUAUUAUUUAAAUUUUACAAAUAAAAAUGAAUUAUUUUUUCCUCUGUCAAUUUCCAUCAGGGCACCUGCAGGCGUAUUUGCCUCGCAGUUGCACAUUCCUAGCCGGUUUUUCGCAGCUUGUUCACGAGAGACUUGUAGGGCGAUACCCUCGGGACACAAUUAAUUAUAGAUAAUUUAUUCUAUGUAUAUUUAGACGAGAAUUAAGGACACUGUAAAUAGUAUAAUGAAUUUAUUGACGAGAGGGAACGAGAGAGAAAUGUGAGUCUAGUUGACUCGAUGAUUUGUAUUUUGAUAUUACGUAUAGGCUUCAAUUUUUCUUGUCUCUUCUUUGCGUCCGACGAUACUUUUUUCGAGAUUGAAUUCGAAUAAAUCGAGUAUUCUAUCUGAGGAAUUGACGUGCAAUCUUGAUUAUGAGAGAACAUAUUUGUGAAAUGUAUGUGUUUGUGCGUAUUAUUAUUACUUAAUGUUAUUUGUAUAUUUUUCGUAAAUCAAUUCAUAUCUACCUGAUCUAGCACUAAUUUCAGACCGGUUUCAUUGCUUUGUAAAAAAUAAAUUAAAAUAAUGAAAUGGAAAUAGAAACCAAAAUUGCAAAAAGUUUGUACAAAUUUCUAAUUCCUCAGGAUCAAAAUUUUCGGACUACACCACUGCUAAUAGUAUACAUAUCGUACAGUAAAAUUCUGUCUGCGAGAGAGAGAGAGGAAGUUGUAAUUGUAAGACUAUAAAUACUUUAUACAAGAACACACUUGUAAUAAAGACACAACAAAUCUUGCCUAAA